UUAAAAAGGCACAUGUUGUGCCACUUGGAAGAAAAGCCUUACGGAUGUGACGUCUGUAGCAAACGCUUUAACAGACGUGACCAUUUGCUACAGCACACAAAAUUGCAUAGCAGAGCGCAAGAAUUUGAGUGUGAAGUAUGUAAACGACUUUUUAGUCGACAUGACCAUCUGACUAAGCACAUGGCCACCAAGCAUAGUGUAGGUGAGAAGAUUGUUACGGAGAAGAAGUUUCAAUGCUCUGUGUGCUUGAAAGCUUUCACGACAGAGAAAUAUCGUGACGUACACAUGAAGGGCCAUACAGGUGACAAGAAGUAUCAAUGUCGUACUUGUGAUAAAACGUUUUUGUCUAAGUCGCAUCUGACCGAACACAUUAAAUUUCAUAAUGAAAACUCAAAGAAAUUUCUGUGCUCCGAGUGUGGCCAGCGGUUUAUUCGUAACGACUAUCUCGUAAUACAUAUGCGAAGACAUCGUGGUGAAAAACCAUUCAAAUGCAAAUAUUGUGGCAAAGGUUUUCCACGUACUACUGAUCUGACAGUCCAUGAACGAUAUCACACAGGUGAAAAGACCCAUUUAUGUACAAUUUGUGGACGAGGAUUUGGAAGGGCAUACAAUCUAACAGUGCACAUGCGUACUCACACUGGAGAAAAACCCUACAGGUGCACUUAUUGUGAUGCCGCAUUUGCUCAAGGGAACGACUUGAAAGCGCACGUGCGCCGACAUACUGGUGAACGAUUUCAUUGUGAUCUUUGCAGCGAAAGUUUUCUAAUGGGCUAUCUAUUAACGCAACACAAAAGGACCGUACACGGUUUAAAUGUCGUUAGUCACAUAAGAAGAUUACAACCAGUGUCCCUGAAUCGCGAUCAACAAGCAGAUUUUGAGCCAAUUACGAUCCCUCUACCUCCUGCUGUGGUGUCAGUUUCUGCAUUCAAUAAUCACAUAAAACAGGAUUUGGACGAUAUAGACGAUCCGUCCGUAAUACCAAAUGCCGCACCCAAUGCUAAUUUUGAUCCACAGAUUCAAUCACAAUUGACAGUAGCUCAACUUCAACAAAUGGCACCACUUUAAAACAUCUUUAAAUUGUCUUCUCUAAACCAAAAAUUGUAAAUUAAUGUACCAUGGAUUGAUGCGCGUUAAACACUAUUGGAGCAUAAGAAACUAGUUACAUUAAAAGGUAGCUUCCAUAUGUUUUCCCGAUUUUUUUCGAUAUGGGGGUUAAGUGUACUAAUUUGGAAAAUGUGAAAGUUUUUGUACACUAACUUACUGUAUGUGAACGUAUAUUGUUUUGAUACAACUGUGUACAUAAAACGAUAGUAGUCUUAAAUAAAAAGAAUUGCUAUUUAAACGAUAA